CCAUCACAUCUUGGACUGACUAAUCCCCUGCGCUUUGGGCUUGGAGUAAGAAGUGUUCAGCAGUUGUCAUUUGCCCUGACACAGGCUACAUCAGUAGCUCCCUACAUAAGGGGAACAUUACCACACCACAGACGACACUGCCUGUUGUGCUGCGCGUGUGUGCCGAUCUCACUGCUUGUGCAUUAGUAGGAGAAUAUUUUGUCAGCCCACCACGGAUUUGUCAGAGCUGACAUCUUGCAUGCCAUAAAGCCUGUGAUUCGUCUGGACCCUCGACCUGCAUCAGAGAGACAACACAGUGACGCGUCGGUUUUGUAACUUUAAAUUUCCGUCAACCUGAACUGAAGUGUCAUCUCAAGUGUCCCUGUGAAUGGUCACGCUCUCGCUGUUCCUUCCGCGCUUGCUGUCGUGCUCACUUGUAUUUGUUUAGCAUUCACGAACUGCGCCAGCAACACACGGCCACAUGUGAACGAGACACUCCUCACCUGUCCCGGUUGAAGCGCCCGUACAACUCGACUGACUGACCGACACUGAAGAGGAAUACGACGUGCCGAAGUUUCGCUGUAGUGAUGCUGCAAAUGGAAAUGGUCCUCUUCGUCUUCCUGCUGCUGUUGAUGUGUGUAUUUUGCCAAGAGCCCAGUUCCAAAGUGGUGGCCGACCGCUACGCCGUCUUCUGGAACCGGACCAACGCCAAGUUCCAUCGUGGAGACUACCACAUCGACGUGUGCAUAAACGACUACCUGGAUGUCUACUGUCCUCACUAUGAAGACACAGUGCCUGAGGAGCGGACAGAGCGCUAUGUCCUCUACAUGGUCAACUACGAUGGCUACAGCACAUGCGACCACACCGCCAAGGGCUUCAAACGCUGGGAGUGCAACAGGCCGCACUCCCCGAACGGACCGCUCAAGUUUUCAGAGAAGUUCCAGCUCUUCACUCCCUUCUCCUUGGGCUUUGAGUUCAGACCGGGCAGAGAAUACUACUACAUAUCCUCCACCAUUGCUGAGAACGGGAGGAAAACGUGCCUGAAGCUCAAAGUUUUCGUCCGACCAUCAAACAGCUGUGUGAAAACUAUAGGCGUACAUGACCGCGUUUUUGAUGUAAACGACAAAGUAGACAAUACAUUAGAACCACGAGAUGAUACCAGCCAUGAACCGGCUGAGCCUUCCCGAAGUGAUGAAACAAAUGCUGCGCCACACCUGCAAAAAACAAGUCCACUGCUGGCUUUGUUGCUGGUCUGCCUAUCAGCACUCUUCACUUUAUAGCGCCUCCCUCUGUCCUGGAGGGCAUUAACACCUAGCGUGGCCUGAAUCUGCCCGAGGCUGCAGGGGAGGGGCGGGAUUUGGGUGGAGCGUGUUUGCUUGAUUGGGCAUCAGAGCAGGCUUCUCAAGGAACCCUCUAUUUUUUUCAGAAAUAUAUUUAAGUGGUCUUUCUCCGUCUGUGAGUGAAAAAAGUUGAUGUUGGAAGUGGGAGAGACAAUUCCCCCUCUCAAACCUUCAACUAAGAUGCCAAAUCCCGUUUUUUGACACUUCGUGAUUCUUAUUUUCCGGUGACUUUUGACAUCCCUUUACAUCAUGUUUAUGUCAUUGCAGCACUGACGUUUACCCACACACACACAUACACAUAUACACAGAUACAUGCUUAGAGAGUCACAUACAAGACACUACACUAACAGUCAAUAGCAGUAGGGUUUUUUACAUUUGUAUACAGUUGUAGCAGUACACAGUUAGAAAGUGAUGAUUUUAGGUCUUAGAAAGAACUGUACAUACAAAAAUAAAAAGUGUUCCCGAGACCUCUCGAGAAGCCUUUCAGAAAACAUUUUGAUCAAGUUCUGGAGGGUCAUAAGAAACAGAUUUUUGUGCCUUCAUUUUACUAGGAAGUGAAGUGCAAAGCUGAAAGAUGAAGAUGAAGGAAAAGAAGAGUAAUGGUUUUAAGCAGAGGUCAGAGUGGAAACCACAGCACUGAGAAAUACGUAUACGACAUGCACCUUAGCCUUCAGAUCUUCAGACUGUCCUGGUUUAAAGUUAGCACCCAAUGGAUGGAUACACAAGGCUUCUUUUUCUUGUCCUCCUUUGUGGAGAGCAUGCCAGUCUGCUUAAUAAAACAUGCCUUUCAAACACAUUCGGUUCACCAUGACUCACAGAACAGCUAAAUUGAAACUUUCUCACCAGACACUUUGUAGACUGCUAUUAAGAUCGAGGAUCGAUAUCUUUUGAAAGUUGAUCACACAAUUUCACGGCAAGAGUCACAGUCAUUUUAUGUAAUGUUUACUGAGCAGGGCUGCAAUUGUUCCCUCUGUUCUAUUUGAGUAUUAGUCGAUAUCAACACUCCCAUAAACACUUGCAUCCACAGCUUUUUUUUCUCUGAAAUUGACUGUUAAAGUGAUUGUUUAAAAACUGAUUCACAGCUAAAUUGGAGACUUUAAUUUUUUCAGCUUUACUUUAAGUUAUUUUGCUUAGCCAAUGGUCUCUCCAAACAUUGUCUUUGAAAGCGGAGACACUGUAAACUUAGGGUUUUCGUACCGUCUAACUUAAAUUAGACCUAAAACAGAUGUAAAGUGUUUAAAAAAAUGACCCUUAAAUUCACAUUACCAUACUUUUUCUCCCAUCUAUGUUACUUAAUCCACAGCUUUGACUCAUGCUUAUCAAAUAUUAGUUAGCUGCUUAUCACAUUCAGUUCAUUGCAGCAGUUAGUGCAGCGUUUACUGAUGCAUAGCUCCAAUUAGAUAAAAACACCUAGUGUGAAUAGAGAAACUAUCUUUUUAAUUCAAGGCAAUGCACAGCUUUUUAGUCUGGCCAGGUUUAUGUUAGCAUUUACAUUAAAAAGAAAUUCACUGUUAUUAUAUUCAGCGUCCUUUAGCUCCCACAGAUGCACAUGGUGAGUUAGCAUAAUGAAAGCUACUAUGUCAUUUUUCAAACAGAAGGGACUUGGUGCCUUGCUUUCAAAGAAAUAUCGACAGGUAGAGAAAUGAACUCCUUCCUUUAAAAGCCAGGUUUUUGAAUGAGAAAUAGGGCACCAUCUGGUUUGGAAAGACAGAUAGAAAGAGAGAAAUGGAGCAAGAAAAGGAGCAUAGGAACAAUUGCAUGUCCACCUUCAGCUCCUAGUGUUACAGGUUUAAGUGACUCUUUAAUGAGGUUCAAAAUGACAGACAUGUGGACCCCAUGUUGUGGCAAGGGGAGUUAUUCCUGGUAUUAAAAAUAGAUGGUGGAAGGCUUGGGGGGUCUUGGGAGGGGGGUGUAGAUUUCCACUGUGGGGGGUUUUAAAGCACCAAUGACCUUGCAGUUUAAGAGACUUGGCUAUUGAAGGAGACGAAGAGAAUUAAAGGGAGAGAUACACACACAGGGAGAGAUAGAAAGACAUGGGAGGUAGCCGAAGGUAGUGUGACUCGAGUGCCUAACUAAACAAAACAAGACAAAACAACAAAAAAUCCAUGCAACACUACUGAAAAAAACACCUGAUUCAAUGACAAACCUAUUGUUCAGUAUCAUUCUGUCUCAAAAGGCAUGCACUGUUUUGUUUUUGCUUUCUUUCAAUUUUGUGGCUGCCUUUUUUCUGUUUGUUUUUUUCUUCCCCAGAAAGACUGCCUUUGCCUUUUGCCAUUAGUUUUUUGCGCUACGGUAACGAUUCUAUUAUGGCGGAAUAGCAGCUCAGCUAUGGGGGGUAAUAGGAGACGAGGCCAUUUAAUGAGGUACUAAUUUUCAGGAGAACACCACAGGGAAUGAGCACCGCAUAGCAUUCAAAAUGGACGCUUGUCAGCAGAUUAACACUAGACUUUUAUCAGAAACCAGCUUCAAUUGUACUCUCUUAUAAUUACCAAUACUACUAUUUGUCAUUAUUGCUAUUAUUACCAUGGUUUAUUCUGUACACACCUUAACCUGGGAAAUGAGGAUCAACUUAUAAACUGGAUACUGUGUAUCCUGAGGUAGUCAACCAUAAAACAAGUAGUGUUAGGUUAGUAUCUGUUUUGUACCUUUCUGGAGGACAAAAGAAAAAAUGAGAUAAUUGUUAAAACUGUAUAAUUAUUAUUAUUAUUGUUAUGAUGAUGAUUAUGACUAUUAUUAUUAGGAAAACUUCUUGAUGUAAAUAGUGUUUGAUAUUAAAGUAUUAAUUUGGUUCUUAUGUCUUUUCUAAAAAAUGAAUACGGUAUUAUCUCUGGGUUUUGCGGAGUGUGUACUGUCCUCAAACAAUGCAUUGUGUGCUUUAAUCCUCAAUGCCUAAUGAAACUUUGAGCUAAUAUGAAGGGAAAACCUGUGGGAGCUGUACACCAGUGUACAGAAGGCUGAACAUUAGCCAGCCAAACGAGUGGCUCACCUGUUACAUGUUUCAAACCAGUCACCAACCUUCACAUCUCUUCAUAAGGAUCCUGCCUUGGAAAGAAACACUUUGGACUUAACGGACGGCUUAUUCAUACUUUUUUGCCUUCAGUGUUUGAAAGCAUGUUGGUCAGCUCUAAGAUCUGCCAUGAGUGGACUGUUUGCUUUGUAAUGGAAGGAUCUCGCCAGUUUCAUUAUGUGGCAUGCGCAUGAACUUGAUGACAUGUAAAAAAAAAAAAAAAAAAAAGUUUUUAAAAAGUUUUCUUUUGCUCUUAUUUUCUUUUUCUUUAUGACGUGUUAGAUAUUCGGAUCACUUUCAUGUUGUGUGUUUUUGCAUCCCCAUUUGAGUGAUGUCAUUAAAGCUGUGUAGUGACAGAUGACAAAUGUACAUAAACACAUUGUUGUGAAGUUACAGUGGGGGUCAGUCAUUUUGUACUUCGAAAGCAACUCUUUUUUUCGCCUAAGAAUGACUCUUUCUGUACCCAUCUACUGAAUUCAUCCCAUGUAGUUGCAGUCUGUCUCCUCUGACUAGUCAUCCUCUUUCUGCUUUCCCAAGAGGAGGCGUUAUGGGAGUGUAUACAUCAGUCUGUGGAUGCUUUUCAGUGUGAAGAAAUGUGUGAGACCUUUGAGUUUGUGUGUGUGCGUGUCUCAUUUGCUGUUGCCGCAGUGAAUGGGAAGCGGCAACCCUCUUUGGCAACGAAGAGUGUUUCCCAUGCCUUAGCCCUUCAGCCUCUGCCCUGGCAGUCCUGUCUGUGUACAAGACGCUUUCUGCCAUUGUGCUUUUACACGGAACGGCUGUUGGCGUCGAAGAGACUACAACAGGGCCCUUCACUUUCUCUCCCUUUUUAACAACCCUGAAUCACUUCUCCCUACGGUAGACGUUGGUCCUGGGCACAGUUCAAGGAUUAGUGCACCCCCUACACCAAAUCCUAUAGUGGAUUGUUAGCGGGGUAAAGCCUAUCAUCGAUCCAGGUUCUGUGUGUACAGGGCAAAGCCUCUCUUUUCGUCAGCUCCCCUCUUGCCGAUGAGCCACUUGUUCAUUUUGUGCGCCUGUCCUGUCCCAUUAAUCUUGUGCUUGUAUAACCUCCACCACACCACCUGCUGUCCUACUUUCCUCACCUUUGAACCCCGCUACCACUUUGCCAUCAGUGGGGAAUAUUUCCAACCUGCUCCUUUACAGUAUAUAAACAACAAAAAAUUUGACAAAAAAUGAUCUGUACUGUAUUUGUAUAUACACGUGUCUGAGCAACUAUGAGUAAUACAAUAAAACAGGAAUACAUUGCUUUGA